AGAGGGCGAUGAGGCAGGGGGGUCCUUGGAGGGGUAGAGGGGGGAUGAACAGGGGGAAACGGGCCUGGGUGGGCCCUGGAGGGACCACCACUGGGCCCCCUCCGAGCAUCCUCCCACCCCUACCAACGGAUCCCAGGUCCAGCCAUGGCGGGAGCCCGUCCCGGCGCCCCCGGGGCGGCCGAGGCCGAGCUGCUGCUGCUGCAGAGCCAAGCGCUGGCCGAGGAGGAGGCGGCCAAGACCAGGCGGGAGCUGCUCACCCGCUUCCUGCAGGACAAGCUGUCCCGGGAGCAGCAGCUCAGCUCGGGGGGGCUCCACAAGCUGCGGACGCUGUGGCGCUCGGCGCUGCGGCACGCCAAGGACCAGGAGCUGCGCGGGGACAUCGAGACCCUCAGCCAGACCUUCUCCCAGGUCAUGGACUGCAAGGACGGCGUCAUCGAGGCGCUGCUGAGGGAGCUGGAGGAGGCGGAGGAGCAGCAGAGCCGCGCCCUGCGCAGCCACCUGAGCCUCACGGACCAGCUGCUGCAGCUCCAGCGCUGCCGCCUGGGCUACCUGGAGGAGGGGUUUGCUGCCCAGGAGGAUCAUCCUGAAGCAGCAGGAGUGGGAAAGCUGGUGUCUGGAGGACAUGGCACUGGCCACGGAGCAGGACCACGCCAGGACCGACCACGAGGCCACGCUGGGCUUCCAGAGCGCCCGGGACGACAUCAAAAGCAAGAGCUGGCAGGAGCAGCAGUACAGCCGCCUGCAGCUGGUGGGGAGGCUGGAGGGGCUGUGGAAGCAGAUCCAGAAGGCCCGGCAGAGCUACAACGAGGCCACGGAGCACAAAAUGGCCGAGUUCAAGGAGCUGCUGAGGAAGUGCGAGAGGAGCUCCCGGGAGAUCGAGGAGCAGUCGCAGAAGCUGCAGAAGCUGCAGGACACGGUGGCGGCCACCAGGGCCCAGAUCGUGGCUCACGCCCGGGAGAGCGAGGAGCGGAUCCAGCGGGCCCGGGAGGGGAAGGAAGAGGCCCUGCGGCAGCUCCAGGAGCUCCGCAAGGAGGUGACCCGGGCGGUGGCCGCGGCUCGCGCCGACCUGGCCACGCUCAGCUGCCAGAGCGGGGCCACCCUCAAGGCGCUGCUGCGGGUGGUGGAGAAGGCUCAACGCAUCCUGCGCCUGGCCGAGAUGUGCCGCAGGCUGGAGACGGAGGAGGAGAAGGUGCUGCCCUUCUACCCCUCCUCGCUGGCCGAGGGGGAGCUGCAGGACGCCCGCAGAGUCCUGGAGGAGACCCCCGUGGAGCCCCUGGCACAGGCCGCGCAGGACUACGUGGGGCUGGAGAGGUUCUGGCAGAGGUUCAACAAGGCGAAGCUGGAGGAGAAGGUGCUGGAGCAGACGCGGGCGGCCCUGGCAAAAAGGAACCGGCAGCUGCGGGAGCUGCUCCAGCAGUACCUGGCGGGGGUCUCAGUCAGCCGGAAGGUGCUCAAGGACCUCGAGCCCCUCCUCGCCACCAAGCAAGAGCCACGUCCCCAGAAAUGAGCCCCGAGCUGGGGCGGGGCUGCGCUCGGGGACAUCAGGACACAGCACACCCCAAGAGCCUCCAGGGAGGGGUCACCCCCCCAGACCCCAUCCUCAGCUCUGCUGGCUCAAGCUGAGAACCCCCACGGGCAAAACAGGGACCUGCCUGGUGCCUGGGAACACCAGGGACUGUCACUGCCUGGAGAUGCCAUAAAAGAGCAAAA